ACAGAGACACAGUUCUGUAUGUGAUUGGCGUCUUCCCUCGGAGUAAAAUGCACUCGUUAGUCGCCACUUUCGCAUUUCAGAGAUUCUUAGCGUGAAUUUUUGGGAAAUGAUGUUUAUUGACUAAAAUUUAGAGCAUGAACGAAACGGGUUCUCGAGCCUCCGGAAUGACUUCACCACGACAUACAAGUCAUCAAGCGGUAAUGGAUAGGCUUCGGCAGCGUUUCAGCGGGUAUAGAAAACAUCAUAGUGACUGCCAAACAAAAUAUACACAGUCCUUACCAGCCGUACAUGACAUAGAGAGACAGGAGGCAAUGAAUCUACACAAGCGUGCUUUGGAUAGCCGCAAUCGAAUCAUGAACGUGAACGGAAAGGCAGCAAAACAAAAUGACGUCGAAGGCAAGGUAGAAUCGCAACAGCAACUACCGAACGGGCUUGACAAACCAACGAAUACCAUCCUGCACAUUCGUGAGGUGUGUUUUCUCACUUUUUUGUUGCUUAGGGGAUUUGUUUUGUAGGUAACCGAUUUCAACAGAUGUUCUGACGGUCAUUUAUUAAGAUAUAGAUUUAUAAGCUUAGAUAUGCCAUUCUGUUGUUAACGGUACCCAAUUGUUUAGUUUGCAAUUUCUGCGCAACACACUUGCGCUUAAUGUACGUUACACUAACGCUGGUUUAUUUUACUCUGAUCCUGCCAGCAGCAAAUCCUACUAAAAAAGAGAAAACAUGAGCAAAAUAUGAACAAUGCCCUCAACUCUUUUGCGCCUUCGAACGAUGUUGAUAUCAACCUUGGAGGAGAGUGCGUUUCAAGCAAGUUUCAGAGACCAGACGGUGUUCUUCUACCAGGUCAGGAAGGUUCCAACUCGAUUUCAUCAAUUAAUCAGCCCCACCAAGUGGAUCAUACAUCGGUACAAGUACACCAGUCUUCCUAUGGUGUGAGAGAGCCCUCGUACUUACACGAUGGGUCUAGAAUCGCAAUGGGCUCAGAGGCUUACGCCGGUGAAGCUCAAAGGUUGGCCUCUACUGCAUUUGCAUCAUCGGAUUUUAAACAGGAGAAACCUGUAGUUGUUUCUUGCGAGGAACCCACACAUUCUAAUGAUGGCUCAGAAACUUUAGCCAAUGGCUUGAAACAAGUAUCCAGUUCUAAAUUUAACUUACCAGGGCGUAAAGAGUACAUACAACAAGAACUAGACUAUUUUGAUCAUGUUAUCCAACGUUUUAAUGAGGAAGGAGGCCCUAUACCUCCACAGCAUCAGACCAAUGCUUCUGUGCCAGGAUGUGAAGAUGAUUUAGGUCAGGUGCCUGAAACUCAGCCAGGAACUCACCACUCUAAAUCACAUCAGCUGAAAGAGAUUGCCCGUUUGAAGACGCAGCGUGCACAAGCACAGCAAGGUGUACCUUACAUCGACAGUCAAAGUCAUGUAAACCAGCAGUUUCCACACCAGCAUGCAGCCCAGUAUUCCAUUGGUUCAACAGGCCAACAAGCACCUUCUUUACAACAUCCUUACACAGCAGGCAAAUAUCCUGGAGGCAUUCCUUUGAUUUCUAAUGAUCAACAGCAAAUACUUCCAGAGCCAAAUCAUCCAGUAGCCUCUCUUGCUGGUGGUUUUCCCCGGCAAUUUGAUUCUCUUCAGUAUCCGAGAGGGCCUGCAUCACAGUCACAGCAUCAGCAACAACAGCAACCAUUUUAUGGCUUUUCUCAAACCAGUGCACCAUCAUCAAAACUAUCCCAUAUACCAUCGCAAGUUCAACAGUUAUAUUCCCAAAGGUUUUCAAGCCAGCCAGUUAUACCUACAACACAGGGAGCACGGUUAGUCACACCACUUACCUCACCUGAUUUAGCAAGAUACUCCAUUUCUAGGUCACAACCACAAUACCAACGCCAAACCUCAAUGCCACCUUUACAGAGCCAAGCAUUCCUCAACUCUGAUACACAAUACCAAUGUCAAGUAGCUGGCUUUCAAGAAGACCAACCUCGUUUUUCCAGUCCUGUAGCUGACCCAAGCACUGUUUAUCAUUAUCAGCGGAGAAACUCCUUCCCUAUUUACCACCGCAAUAAUACCCAAACACAAGGAAAUCUCUCUCAUGGCAUGCAGCAAAAUUUGGGAUCUAGCCAAGCCAGUCUUCUAAGAGGUGUUUUGCAAAACCCCUCUCAAAAUAUGAAUCCCCCAGACAGAGAUUCUUUUCUGAUGAAUCCAAACUUAAAUAUGUCUUUGCAAAGUACCAUACAAUCAAGCUCUGUUUUGACUGGGAGGUCCCCUACAACAAAUGGAGAUUUGAACCCAGGAAUACCAAGGUCACAACAUUCAUCUGUUAUGUAUAGAAACAAUGCUCCUGUUAAGUCUACUUCAUUGUUACUUGUUCCUCCAUUUAAAGUUCCAUGUUCAUUACGUUCUUUCCCGUGUGACCUACCAUUGUACUCAGUUCUAACUCCAACAUCUGUGGCACUUGGGGAUAUGAAUGAGAGACAAUCAUCACUGGCAAGCUGUGAUGCACAGUUUAGUGCUUAUUCACCACUGAAUGCACUUGAUAAAGCACCAUCAUUUACUUCUCUUUUGGAGCAGUCUGCAAUUAAUCAAGGUAAUCUAGAAACCACAUAUACUGGGUCAAUACCAAACUUGGAUUUGCUUGGAGAGAUUUUAGGCCAAUGAUAAUCCAGGCAAAACAAGCUUACUUCAAAGGAAUGACAAAGUGCAUGCCUUUAUAUGUUAGAACUUCACAAAUAAGAAAUAAUAGGUGGCAGACUUAGCCUUGUUCAUGAGUAUAAGUCAAAUUUAAUGGAAAGUAAUCAAUGCCUUACAUUGCUUAAUUUCAUACCGCGCGGGGGCCUGGCACUACCGGAUUUUCCCGGACUUUUUAAAAAGUCCAGUUUCAAAAUGGCGGAUAGUCAGAGUAAAAACUCGAACGAAAGCAUUUUCUUUCAAAGAAAUAUUGAUCAAUAUUCCCUUGGAGAAUCUGUCUAAACUUAGUAAGGAAAGGAUGCAGUAUUUCUGCCAUGCCCUGAAGCUAAACUUAAGGAGCCGACACUCAGCAAGUGCAAGCAAUUGUUCGAUGAACUGGUCGCUCGAACCAAACAUGAUUAUAAAUUUUCUACAGCAAAGGAUCCUCUGUUUAAUUCUACCCGCAUAUGAAAAGUAGAGGAUCAUUGCAGGAAAGAACACAGAUGUGAUUGUGCACGUACCAAUCGUAGCCCAAGUAUGCUGGAGCAAAACUUAAAAGGGCAGUACAGAAGGGCUUACCUGGAUUAUUCCUGUCGCGGAAAAGAGUAAUGUCUGUGAAAGGUAAUGAGUGUAGUGAACUUUGUGGCGUUAUGUAUGUUCAACCUAGUGAUGUUCACAUGAAGGAAGAUAAGGGACUAGUCUAUACUCAGUGCAUGCUAGCCAAAAGGUAGAUGUACGUGACAUUCUUGAUUGUGAUUACAAGCUGAUUGCCCAAAUUACAGGAACUGCAGUGUUACCAGAUGAGAACUGCCUCUCAAGUAAGACUGAAGUAUGCUUGCUUUUAUCCAUGUUCAGUGAGAAUUGUUUCCAGUCUGAUCUUUAGGACUUCUACUGAGACCGUACGCAGCGACGGGGAGAAAAUCUAAUGUAAGCCUUGCCAACCUAAUAUACAAUGUUGCCCUUUCACUCGGGUCACUCUGGCAUGUUUCGCGUUUUGGUAGUUUUUAUUUUACGGUUUGUAAAAACAGGUACACCCACUCCCUUAUCAUUCCCCAAUAUUCGGUCGGAUCCAGCGCCGUAAAAAGAGCUAAACUCGACGGUUCUUUGUUCAAAUUUUUUGUCGAACAAUUUGGGAAUCCUUCCAAUACUUCCAAGUAGCGGAAGUCUCCGAAAAGAUCUUUCUUUUCUCGAAAUUUUUAAUCGAGGUUCUUUAUCGCAGUAAAACAACUGUUCUUAUCUUUAGAAUAUUAACUUUCUGGAGUAAUCUGGCCCUUAAUAUUGUUUCAACUAUACGAAAUGACCUUUGCUUUACCUUCUAUUUUGGAAGCCAUUUUUAAUCCGGAAUUUAAAAAGUCCGGGAAAAUCCGGUAGUGCCAGGCUCCCGCGCGGCAUGAAAUUAGGCAAUGGUGAAUGACAGAGAGCAAAAAGGGACAGCUAUUCAUUUUGUUUCUAAAUAGUUGGUAUGAUUUGUCUUUCUCUCUUUGUUUUGAUUUUCUUGACAUGUGACAGAUAGAAACAUCUGUCAGUCAGAGUUACAGAUGUAUAAAGAUGU